GUUAUGAUAUUUUUGGACAGGCUCCACCUCUCUCGGGGGAGAAAAUUCUUACAUUGAUUUAGCCCCCCAGGUGUUGGACGCGAUGAGUGACAGCACAGCCAGCUCCACCACAGCCAACGACCUGGACCUCAUCUACCUCAAGGGCAUUAUGGAGGGCCCCCUGGAGGCGGAGCGGCGUGACUCGGAGCCCCGUGCCACGGCGGUGCGGGACAACAACGUGGAGCUGGUGCAGGAGAUCCUCCGGGAGCUGGAGCCCUUCAGCCAGCGCUCAGAGACCGCCGCCCAGCUCAGGGACAUCCUGAGGCAGCCACACUUCCAGUCGCUGCUGGAGACCCACGACUCGGUGGCGUCCCAGGAGUGCGAGACCCCGCCCCCCAGCCCCUGUGACCACGUGGACCACGGGGACCCCCCCGGCGAGGGCCACACCCACAGCCUGCCCCACCCCCCCGAGGCCAUCCGCAUGGUGGGCAUCCGCAAGGUGGCCGGGGAGCACCUGGGCGUGACCUUUCGCGUGGAGGCGGGCGAGCUGGUGAUUGCGCGGAUCCUUCACGGGGGGAUGGUGGACCAGCAGGGGCUGCUGCACGUGGGCGACAUCAUUAAAGAGGUGAACGGACGGGAGGUGUGUCAGGACCCCCGGGUCGUGCAGGAGGAGCUCCAGGCGGCCAGCGGGAGCAUGGUGCUGAAGAUCGUCCCCAGCUACCACGAGACCAACACACCCAGACAGGUAUUCUACAAGUGCCACUACGACUACGACCCGGCCAAUGACAACCUGAUCCCCUGCAAAGAGGCGGGCCUAAGGUUUGAGACGGGGGACAUCAUGCAGAUCGUCAACCAGGACGACCUCAACUGGUGGCAGGCGCGUCACGUGGAAGGCGGGAGCGCGGGGCUGAUCCCCAGUCAGCUGCUGGAGGAGAAGAGGAAGGCCUUCGUCAAGAGGGACGCGGAGCUGCCCCCCGCAGCAGGAAACCUGUGCACUGGAAUCGGAGGAAAGAAGAAGAAGAAGAUGAUGUACGUGACCACCAGAAACGCAGAGUUUGACAGACACGAGCUGUUAAUCUACGAGGAAGUGGCCAAAGUCCCGCCCUUCAAGAGGAAGACUCUGGUUCUGAUUGGUGCCCAGGGAGUUGGGAGGCGGAGACUGAAGAACAAGCUCCUGUUGAUGGACGCGCCGCAGUUUGGCACCACCAUUCCUCACACCUCCAGGAAGCCCAAGGCGGGGGAGCGUGAGAGCCGCAUGUUUGCCUUCACCAGCCGCAGCCUGAUGGAGGCGGACCUGAAGGCCGGCCGCUUCCUGGAGCACGGCGAGUACGACGGCAACCUCUACGCCACCAAGACGGCCUCCGUCCACCAGGUGGCGGAGGCCGGGCGCGUCUGCAUCCUGGACGUCUCCCCCCAGUCUCUGAAGGUUCUGCGUACCUCUGAGUUCCUGCCCUACGUGGUGUUUCUCAAGGCUCCAGAGUUCCAGGUCCUCAAGGCCUUGAACCACUCUGCUGUGGACGCUGGGGUUGUCACGGAGACACUGACGGACGCAGAGCUGCAGCGGACGUGUGACGAGAGCGCGCGGCUGGAGGCGGCGUUCGGCCACUACUGGGACCUGACGCUGGUCAACGACAACCUGGACGAGACGUACCGCACGCUGAAGGCCGCGCUGGACACCGUCUCCAAGAACCCCCAGUGGGUGCCCGUCACUUGGGUGUUCUAGCCCCCAGCCUUCGGGUGUGUGUGGGGUGUGUGUGUGUGUGUGUGGGGG